AUGGCGUGCGCCAUCUCAACGGGUCGUUUCUGUCUCGGUCCCUCUUCUGGUCCUAGCCUCAUUUUCUCAAGCACGAGAGUUAGGGCUGCACAGACAUUUCUCUGGAAUCGGGCGAGUAGACUCAGAUCGCGUUCAAUGAGUCAACCUGCUUCUGUGCCCCCCACCGAUCCCAUUAGUGCUUCCUCUCAAACUGGCACGUCGCAGUCGGAAAUCGCCGACGUUCUCGUGCAGUAUGUGGUGCUCCGGCGAGACCUGAUUGACUCUUGGCCCCUUGGAAGCGUGGUCACACAAGGCUGCCAUGCUUCUGUGUCCGCCGUAUGGUCCAACAAAGAUGAUCCUCACACCGUAGAUUACUGCAGCCCCGAGAAAUUAGACUCUAUGCACAAGGUCACGCUUGAAGUAAAAGGAGAGUCUCAGAUUUUAAACUUGUCCGAGAAGCUCACAUCUGGUGGCAUUGUUCACAAGCUGUGGAUUGAACAACCUGAAAACAUGCCAACAUGCCUUGCAACAAAACCUUAUCCCAAAUCUAUGGUAUCUUCAUAUUUUAAAAAGUUGAAACUUUGCAAGUGAUGCCAUGUUUGACAUUAUCCCGUUUUUGUCCUGCUAUCUGGGAGGGAGUGCCCUGAAAUGUGAUGCGAAGUGCUUGGAUUUUUUUGGCCACAUUCUCCUAUACUGUUAAACAGAUUCCAUUAACAAUGCAUACAUGAUAAUUCUUUUUGACAUAUGGUUACAAUGCUGAACAUGAUAAUUCAUGUUUGUAAACCGAGUCAAAUCCUUUUUUCUUAAUGAAACGUCGUGUUCAAGUUGGGCUA